AUGAAGUUGUCCUGUACUGUUGCCGUUUCGGGGCCCCAGAUAGUCGUCGAGGUACCUCAUUGUAAGGCGGACAAGAUGUCCGGCUACGAGAAUGAGCAGUUGCGGCACUUCAUCCGGCAUUGGCCAGAACUCCGUGGCCAUGUUGACUCAAUGCGUUUCAAGGGGCCAUGUGAAGUGAUGACUCAAACCUGUAAAGGAGCAGACAUACAUCGAGGAAUAUCUACAUGUAUAGACACAGACGCCAAAGGAUGCUUGCAUGCCUAUAUCCUUCAUGACCAGAUGGAAUCGAACGAGUGUUUCACUUUUAAGUACCACAAAAAUGAGCCAGUAUUCUGUUUCAUUAGACCGGGUGAGCGAAUACAAACUAGCGCAGACGUCCCAGUUCUGCAGCCAGUUGCUAUACGUCGCAUAAAUGUAUGCUUAUAUGACUCAUCUGGAAUUGAUGAACAGCCUGGUUCGGAUCUAGUAUGGAUGCUUGUCGGUAGUCCUUCCAGAAGAGGUCCACUCCGGCAGCACAGGAAACCAACAAAACGAGAUAUGAAAUUUGAGAAAUAUUUGCUCAUAUCUCUGCCAUUCACACGCCCUCCAUGUCCCUCUUUGCCUCCUCUGCUCUACUUCGCUCUCUCGGUUUGCAGUCAUGCACCACAGCACGAACAGACUGUACAUAAGUCGUCCCGGACAACCUAG